UGCGGUCCUGUUAACUGCGCGGUCGCAUAGCAACCGCUUGUAAACACGCGUGGAUUCGGCUCUAUUCCGUAAACAUGAGGUGCGACCGCUUCAGAUUAGUGAUAUUGUUUCAGUUAGUGCUUUUGGCCGUCGACGUAGUGCUCAACGUUUUGUCAGACCUUCGCAGGGGUUCACCAGUUACUUUGCUACUGCUUUUCAUCAUUCAAGAUUUCUGCAUUGUGUCGAGCCUGCUGGUCAUGUGUCUCACAAUUUUCAAUACCUAUGCCUUCCAAGUCGGGGAGUUCAGGGAGGUCGCCGCGACCUUCAAGACGCCGGUCGUCGUCAACCUCAUCUACUUGGCUCUGUCGCUGACACUACAUGUGUGGUCGAUGGAAAUGGUUGAAGAUGGGUCAUCCAAGCAGCUGCAGCUUUCAUGGCAAACCACAGCUGCUGAUGUCACAUUGUUCACGCUUCAGAGAUUCGCCGGGGUGUGGCACUACUACUUCUACAAGAAGACCGCUCUGCUCAUGGCCGACGAUCGACUGUACCAUCCGAGCGACUGGCCUCCCACGACAAAGUGCCUCGAAGUCACGGCAGAGCAGCCAACGUGACGUCGGCUUGUUCGCACAGAGAUGCAAAAGUCUUGGAACAUUGAAACAAUAGUUUUUAAUCCUGUU